CAACCGAGCCCUCCUCCUUCCUCCUUUGUUUCUCCCUACGUCGAGUCCUAGUCCCGCUGGCAAGCCUGCCUCCGGCGAGCUUUUCUCCGGCGAACCUCCGUCCCUCCGACGAACCUCCGUUCAUGAUUAUAAUAGCAGAGCAUGGACGGUGUUAGAAUUGAAGAGCCUGGCGUCGAAGCUUUUGUGAAAGAAAACAAAGUCAAAAGUGAAGGCAUAUAUACCAUUCUUCCUGACGAUGUAUGGCUAAAGAUUUUCUCCUUUCUGCCAAUAGACAGUAUAAUGAGUGCAAGAUGUGUGUGCAAGUAUUGGCAUGAGAUGACAAAGUCCGGAAAGUAUGUAUGGAUCAACAUGCCACCCCAAAAGCCAUGGUACUUCAUGUUGCCCAACGAGAACGAUGCAGGCUACAUUUAUGAUCUCUUCAAGAACUGGUGCAGAAUUUUUCUUUGCAACCCAAUUUCAAGAGAUUGGAAGCAGCUUCUGAAACCUCUAAAUGAUGAACCUUCACAAUACAGUGCAUUGGCUUUGUCAGUGGACAGACAUUCUCAUGAUUAUAUAGUUACAUUGGUGAAAUCCAAUCCAUUGCCAGAUGAGUUCUUUCAUUGGGACUUUACCAUUCAGAUUUAUGAUUCUAAGAGUUGCUUUUGGAGAGUUGUAUCAUUCAAUGAAGUUUUGGUUGGAUGGAGAGGAGGUAAUGAAAGUGUGAUAUGCAAUGGAAUCCUUUACUUUCUGAUUCACUCUUUAUCAGAGAGCAACAGGCACCGUAUUGGGCUCAUCAUGUAUGAUAUUGAUUCAAAAUCUUCAUGCAAGUCAUUGAUGGAAACAAUGGUUAUGGCACCGAGUCUCCUCACUUGUUGUCGCCUGAUGAAUCUUAAAGAUCGAUUGAUUCUAAUUGGAGGAAUCAGAGACCCAGAAAAGCCAGAUGUGUUGGAAGGAAUUUGUGUUUGGGAGCUUCAUAGAAAGGAAUGGAAGGAGGUUACAAGGAUGCCAGAGAAGUUUCUCAGCCAUUUUGGCAGGUUUGAAGAUACUUUUGCUAGUAGUGGAGUUGAGGAUCUCAUAUUCAUCCAUGCCUAUGGUACCCCUACUCUGUUCAUAUUUGAUAUGAGAGACAAGUAUUGGAGAUUGGCAAAAAACUACCCAAUAAAGAAACGAUCAUAUUUAAGAACCUUCGUUGGUUUCUGCUUUGAGCCUAGACUGGAGAUCAAGCCCUGA